UGCCCUUGGUUCAUCGCGCCAGUUAUAAACCGACUGAUCAAAUGAUCAAAAUGUUAGAGUAAUGAAUUAAUUUAUGGAGUCAAAAUGAAUGGGAAAGCUCCCAGAACAUUCAAAUUUAAGAAAACUCUCAGUCUAAACAAAGCAAGCAACGGAGUACCAGCUUUAAAUGAGCUGGAAGCUGUUCAGUCUAGCAGAAUUAGCACCAAUGAGCCCAGUGAUCUGGAUGGAGAUGAUGAGUGGUUGACAACUCGCCCCUAUUCUUUCAAGGAAGACAGCUCAAAUUCAGCCGUUAAUAAAGAGUCUGCUGUACACUCAAAAAUACAGAAUGACAACUUUAUCAAGAAGAAUGCAGCAGGAAAUAGAGCCUUUUUGGCAAGUGGGAAAAAUAAAAAGCCCCAGCAGACAUCCAUUAUGUCAUUUGCACAGAAGAAGAAGCCAGUGGCAGCAGUUGCUCCACACAGAUCACCUGUGAAGGCAGGGGAUGAUUGUGGGGCCAAAAGAAAGCGAUCCCCUGCAAAAGCUAUUAUCAAUAUUCUUGGUGAUGAAGAUGAUGAUGAUUUCUUGGAUGAUUUUGAAAUUCCAGCAUCUCCUGUGGUAAACAGAAGAAGUCUCAACUCAACCAGCAGUAAGAAGAGUGUACAAGAAACAGUGAAAACAUCUGUAUCUCUGAACAAAACCACAGAAGCUGAGAGACAGAUCAUGGAUGCCUCAGGGAUGACUGAUUUGUUUGGAAACAGUGAUUCAGAUGAAGAGAGUUUUGUGGCAACAAAGCGCCGUAGAACUCUUGAGGAGCCCACCCCUUCCCACCAGUCUACAGUGGGGGGUAGUGCUGUGUUAGAACAGUCUACUGGUACAGAUCCCACCACUGGUGUCAGGACCGAGCAGCAGACUGCCGACAUACAACAGGACCCUACAGAUGACAGUCAUUCUGAGCUGUUUCACACGAUGGAGGAGGUGUGUGACAUCGUGUGUAAGGCCAGCACGGCUGAUCUCAUGUCCAUGUUUCCCCAGAGUUACCAGCGCCUACAGCACCUACUGGCCCUCAGAAAACAGUUAAAGGAUUCCUGUACAGUAAAAGAUCAGCAUAGAGCAGUCACCAAGAGGCUAUCAGCCCCUGCAGGUUCCCUCUCAAGCAGUGCAGCAACAAACAAUGUGAAACUGUCAACCAGUAACUCCCCACAAAGAUUGCAAUAUCAGACACCCAGCGCAGUGAAAGCUGUGUCCCAACAGGCCAACAUGAAUUCCUGUACUACCUCUAGUCCAGUCCUACCUCAGAGAUCAGUGUUGUUGUCAAAUACCUCAACCCCAGCCACAGACAGAAACUUCAAUUCUCCAAGCUCUGGCCAGAGUAAGGCUUUCUCCUUCAAGAAAACUACCCCGAUUGGUUUCCAAUCCCCAAUUCCAUGUGGUGAAAGUUUCUUUGAAGAAGAUGCUAAAUUAACCCAGACACACCACAGUUUCAUCAGUUCAUUCAACAAAAAGUCCCCUAGUUCUUCUUUUAAAGAACCACCUGUAAUGAAUUUUAAUCAGUCAACUAAUUCAUUACUGAACCAAUCAGAUACUACAUGUGCUAACCAAUCAACUUCUUCCUCACAUUUCAACCAAUCGGCAGCAGUCACUUAUAACUCCUUCAGUACUGUUGAAGCCCCUUCUAGGACUGACUUUAGCUUUGACUACAAAUUAAACAAUGACAGUGGUGUGAUUCAAACCCAGUCAGCAAGGGACAAAUUUUCAUCCAGUGUGCCUGAUUCAGAGGAGGAGGCUGAUGUGAUUGAUCAAUUUCCAGAUGAUCUGUUUUCUCCUGAUGAUUUUGAUUCUGAAUUUACAGAGGAGGUGAAGACAGACUCUCUACCCCAGCUCUCCUCUCCCCGAAGACAAAGCACCAAUCAAAGCUUUGCCUCUCCACCAAGUACAAAACGUAGAGAAGAGGAAGAGAACAAGGAAUUUGAUGGAUACAAUUUUAAGCACAGUACCCUUAUGACUGAGACUUUUCAUCAGGUGUUUGGACUGCGGGAAUUCAGGAAAAACCAACUCAAGGCCAUCAAUGCUGCCCUGCUGGGAAAUGACUGCUUUAUUCUCAUGCCGACAGGCGGUGGGAAGAGUCUGUGCUACCAGCUGCCUGCCCUGGUAACAGGGGGUGUGUCCAUCAUCAUCUCACCCCUCAGGGCACUGAUACAAGACCAGGUUACACGACUUUGCUCUAUGGAUAUAGCAGCAGGACAGUUGUCCUCAGACAUGGACCAGGGCCAGUCUGAUCAGAUCUACAGAAAGAUGUAUUACAAAAAUCCUGAGAUCACACUGCUUUAUGUAACCCCAGAGAAGAUAUCUGCUAGUGGUAAGCUUUUGGGAAGUCUGGACAAUUUACACAGGAGAGGAAAGUUGACUAGAUUUGUGAUUGAUGAAGCCCACUGUGUGAGCCAGUGGGGCCAUGAUUUCAGACCAGACUACAAGAAACUGGGGAUUCUGAAACAGAAGUACCCCGGGGUUCCCAUGAUGGCCCUGACUGCCACAGCCAACAUGAGGGUCCGUAAAGACAUCAUCUAUCAGCUGGGAAUGAAGAACCCUAAAUGCUUUGUUCAAAGUUUCAAUCGUCCAAAUCUGAAGUUCCGAGUGGAGCCAAAGAAACCAUCAACACUGACAGCUGAUAUCACCAAACUGAUAAAGGAGCAGUUUUCUGGAAAAUGUGGCAUAGUGUACUGUCUCUCAAGAAAGGAGUGUGAUACAGUAGCUGCAAACUUGGGUAAGGCAGGCAUUCAGGCUGUGUCCUACCAUGCUGGACUGGGGGACAGUGACAGAAUCACUAUCCAGGAGAAAUGGUUGAACGGACACCGCUGUAAGGUCAUUUGUGCCACCAUUGCGUUUGGGAUGGGGAUCGACAAACCAGAUGUACGGUUUGUUAUUCACUACUCCUUACCCAAGUCAGUGGAGGGCUUCUAUCAGGAGGCGGGGCGGGCGGGGAGAGACGGACAGCUGGCCCACUGCAUCCUGUACUACACCUACCAGGACGUCAAACGGCUGCGCAGGAUUAUAGAGAUGGACCAAGCAGCUACGUUUGACUCCAAGAGAGUUCACAUAGACAACUUGUUCAGGAUGGUUCAGUACUGUGAGAACGUAGCCGACUGUCGACGUUCUCAGCUCCUGAAUUACUUUGGAGAGCGAGACUUUAACAGAGAGGAGUGUGGGAACUUCCGCGGAGCAAUCUGUGACAACUGUGUAUCAAAGGAGUCCUUCUCGCUUCGUGAUGUAACAGAUGAUGUUAAGGCGAUUGUGAAAUGUGUUCAAGAUUUGACUGUCAGUGGAAGAAGGGGAAACAACUACACUCUCAUCUAUUUUGUGGACAUAUUCAGGGGAGCCAAAACUGGCAAGAUUUGUGAUGCUGGACAUGACAAGGUAGCUCUGUAUGGUCGGGGGAAGAACUACAGUCGGGCGGACGCUGAGAGACUACUCAGGAAGUUAGUGAUUGACGCCAUCCUACAUGAGGACCUCCAGAUCACGGCAGCUGACACCACCGCAUGUUACAUCAAGCUCGGACCUAAAGCUAAUGAUGUCAUGAUGGGCAGGCAAAAGGUGGAAUUACAAGUCCAGGGCAGCAGAAAGAGAACAGAGGUGGCAAAGAUUGGGAAAGAGCCAGUUAGUCAGAGGGAAAAUGCUAUUGAAGAAUGUCUGUGUGAGCUCCUGGAAAUGGCCAAAACUAUUGCUGCUGAGCAUGGACUACGAAAUUACGCCACUGUGUUCCCUAUUCUAACUCUGAGACAGCUGGCAGAGAAGACACCACUGACUGUGGAGGAAAUGACAGAGAAGGUUGAUGGCUUGCCAAAGGCUAAAGUCAACAAAUACGGAGCUGAAAGAUUCUUGGACAUUACGAAAAAUUAUCAUUUAAUUAUGUCAAACUUGCAGCAGGAGGAGGUAGAGGCUGAUGACUCGGACGUCCCCGAGUGGGAGUCGCCGUACUUUGUGGGUGAGUCCACCACCCCCUCAAACCAAGGCAGAAAGCGGGGAUCCUAUAAAAAGAGAGGAUUUAGAGGAAAGAAGAGAGGAGGUGGCAGCAAAUCUAGUGCUGGAAAAUCUUGGAAUACAUCUGACAAAGGGAACAAAUUUUCAUCCUACAAAUCCCGAGGGUCAACUAAAAAGGUUACAGGUAAUUUCAAAAGGGGGGGAUCAAGUAGUUCGCGUGGAGGAUCCAGCAAUUCUAGAGGUGGAUUUAGUGGAGGAGGGCUAGGAUUCAUGCCUGUACCCCAGCCUAACCGGUCCUUCCUUAGCAGUGGCGGGGGUACUUUCUUUGGAUGAUUGAUGAAUUAAAUGUUUUUGUUUAUGUUUGUGUCUACAACAUUUUCAAGCAUAUUGUGCUGUGUUUACUUGUGCAUUAAAUGUCAAUAAAUUGAAUACUUUUUGACUGUU